UUUUUUACUCCGGCGCUCUCCGGUCACCUCGCCUCACGCUGUGUCCGCUCCUCCUCGAACCUGCUUCGUACAUUCCUGAGGACAAUUAUCUGAUCUGCCCAUGAGCCUUUCAUUCCUACAGAGCAGAAGAAACCUUUGGAGUUCACCUGGACACUCUCGCUGCUCCUUUAUUUAACUUUUUGCUGGACUUAAACUAUAUAUAUUUUUUUACAUUCCGAAGAUUUCUGUCAAGGACGUACGUCGAGUCUUGUUUUUAAAAUUCCGCUGUAAAUCAGUCUUUUUCCUCUGAAUUAAAUUAUAACACUGAGUUUACCAAGCGAGUAGGAAGCAGUAGUUUGCACAGUCUAGUCUUAAGUGUGUUUUUUGUUUUUCUAGUAUUAAGUAGCUAAACGGUGAACAAUGGCAGGUGUAAACUCUCUGGAUGCUGUGAAGAGAAAGAUUCAAAGUUUGCAGCAGCAGGCCGACGACGCAGAGGACCGGGCUCAGGUCCUACAGAGAGAACUGGACAGUGAACGGGAGCUCCGUGAAAAAGCAGAGGGUGAUGUAGCAGCUCUUAACCGUAGGAUCCAGCUGGUGGAGGAGGAGCUGGACCGAGCCCAAGAGAGACUGGCCACGGCGCUGCAGAAGCUCGAGGAGGCAGAGAAAGCUGCAGAUGAGAGCGAGAGAGGGAUGAAGGUGAUUGAGAACAGAGCAAUGAAGGAUGAAGAGAAGAUGGAGAUCCAGGAGAUGCAGCUGAAGGAGGCCAAACACAUCGCAGAGGAAGCCGAUCGUAAAUACGAGGAGGUGGCUCGUAAGCUGGUGAUCUUGGAGGGGGAGCUGGAGAGAGCUGAGGAGAGGGCCGAGGUCUCUGAAGGUAAAGCCAGUGACCUGGAGGAGGAGCUGAAAAAUGUGACCAACAACCUGAAGUCCUUAGAAGCCCAGGCGGAGAAGUACUCGGAAAAAGAGGACAAGUAUGAGGAAGAGAUCAAAGUUCUGACUGACAAACUGAAGGAGGCUGAAACCAGAGCAGAGUUUGCAGAGAGAACAGUGGCCAAACUGGAAAAAACUAUUGACGACCUGGAAGAAAAAUUAUCACAUGCCAAAGAGGAGAAUCUGGGCAUGCACCAAGUCCUGGACCAGACCCUGCAGGAACUGAACAGCUUAUAAAGUCGCGCUCGGAGAGGAUGAGACUGUCAUUAACAUUCCACUAAAUGUUCGACUCCAUUCCACAUUUUGAGCUGUAAAACUUUUCCUCCCCUCAAAAAAGUAGGGGCGGAUUAACUUAAUACAUGUCCCUUGUCUUUUUUUUUUUUUUUUUUUGGUUCUUUUGAAAAACAAAAUCAUCUUGAAUCCAUUCUUUUUUACCUCCACGUCUGAUCACAGAAAUUACUUCCUGAACUUAAUUUUUGAUUACAUAUUUAAGAACAAAUUGGCAAUAAAUUCACUCAAAAAGCCUCUUAUUGAUCCCAAAUCAAAACAAUCUGUAACGGGUUUAAUUUGAUGUUUUAGGUGCACGUUAUUUCUCUGAUCAUGUCUAAGGCACAGGUUUCAGGUGACAAUGGGUUUAACUCAGGCUGCAUUGGUGUAGCUCUGAUAUUCCAGCUUGUGGUGAUAUGAAGUUACUCAACAUAUUUUUUGUCCCCCUUUUAUGUUCUUUAAGGCUGUUUUUUUUUCCUGUUUCAGUCUAAAUUCAAAUGGGUUUUCACAUGGUGGCCUGAAGGAAAGGCGUCAGUUAAAAAUACACUAUAAGGGCGCAUGCUGCUCAUGAACUUUAUACCUUUUUUUGCACUUAAAUAACAUUGAAUGCCUCUUCAGCACCACUUUGACCAAAGUGAGGCUAUCAUCUUGAAUAUUUAGUGCACCAAACUUAAUUGCGAGGACCUACCGAGCCCAGUUUGUGCUAACUUUUCCUUCAGUUUGCCCAGACCACUAUCAUUGUCAAAAAUAGUCAAUAUGUGCCAUGAUAAAGCCAAUAUUUACCUAAAUUUGUUCUAAGACCUGAGCGAGCUCAGUCACAAUCAUGGAUACUUACUGUACAUAGUAGAAGAAAGUUAGGUAUGUGAUAAAGUUGUAUUUCUUUUUUUCUUUCUACCCCAUUUGCGUUUCUUUUCUCCAGGGAAAUUCUCAAAACCAAAGAUCACAUGACAUACCAAUUUAUUUUUCCUUUUUAAUGUUUUAUUGUUUGUUUCAUUGUGGUUCUCAGCAUCAUGUCAAGACCUCGGAAGCCACCUCUUAUUUGAUUGUGACCCUCUGUUAAAAUAGUUCAUUCAGCCCCCCCUUCCCCUCCCAUGUCAACACAAUAAAUGUUUUACAAAAA